CAAUGGUAAGUCAAAAUCUCAAUCAUCAUCGUUCUGUUCUGUUAGGGUUUUAUCAUCAGAAGUAAUGAAGCUCGCAUGGCUCCGAUCUCUCGAAACUGCUCAUCAAGACUGCGUCUGGGCUUGCACCUGGCUCCCUCCCACCGACAAAUCUUCCGGCCUCCUCCUCACGGGAUCUCUCGACGAGACCGUCAAGCUAUGGAACCCGGAGGACCUCUCGCUCGUCCGUACAAACACCGGCCACUGCCUCGGCGUCGUCUCCGUCGCUGCUCAUCCGUCUGGAAGAAUCGCCGCCUCGGCUUCCUUGGAUAGCUUCAUCCGUGUGUUUGAUGUUGAAUCUAACAACACUAUUGCUACUCUUGAGGCUCCUCCUUCUGAAGUCUGGCAAAUGCAAUUCGAUCCUAGGGGUACUACUCUUGCUGUUGCUGGGGGAAGUAGUGCUUCAGUGAAGCUAUGGGAUACUGCUGAGUGGAAACUGGUAUCAACUUUAUCAAUUCCUCGACCCGAAGGGGCGAAGCCGUCUGAUAAAGGCAACAGUAAGAAGUUUGUUCUUUCUGUUGCAUGGAGCCCAAGUGGAAGACAGCUGGCGUGUGGGUCCAUGGACGGUUCGAUUUCUGUUUUUGAUGUACAACGGGCUAAAUUCCUUCACCAACUUGAAGGCCACACGAUGCCUGUUCGGUCGCUUGCGUAUUCGCCUCUAGACCCAAGAGUUCUUGUUUCAGGGUCAGAUGAUGAGUGCAUCCACAUGUACGAUGCGGAAGGGAAGACACUAUUUUCAUCAAUGUCGGGACAUUCUAGUUGGGUUUUGAGUGUUGACGUGAGCCCAGAUGGUGCGGCGAUUGCAUCAGGGUCUAGUGACAGAACAGUGAGGUUGUGGGAUCCUAAGAUGAGGGCAGCGGUUCAGACCAUGACUAACCAUACGGACCAGGUUUGGGGAGUGAAGUUUGAAGCUGUGGGUGGUGGAGCUAGGGGGAGUCUGCUUGCAAGUGUUUCAGAUGAUAAAAGCAUCUCGUUGUACAAUUAUUCGUAACUUGCUGAGGCUUGUGUUUCUAUAUUUCACAUUUGUUUUCCAUUUGGUUUUCCUUAUUUAUUGUAAGCUUGGAACUGUUAUUUGAGACUUGUUUAUGAAAAAGGUCUGAUUACGGUUGUUUUCUA